AUGAUCAUCUACAAGUGUAUAAUCUCCGGUGAUGAGUUGUUCUCGGACAUCUACAAUAUCAAAGCGACAGAUGAUGGGUUGUAUGAAGUUGAAGGCAAGUGUAUUAACAGGAAGGUUGGCGACAUCGAUGACAGUCUUAUUGGUGCUAAUGCAUCAGCCGAGGAGGCGGCGGAGGGUGCUGAUAGUGCCACAGAAUCGGGAGUGGACAUCGUCCUCAACCACAAGCUCUCGGAAGCCAUGGGAUUCAACAAGAAGAGCUUCAAGGCGUGGCUCAAGCCAUACCUUAAAGCUGUGAAGGCAAAGUUGCAGGAGACAGAUCCUUCUAAAGUCGACGAGUUCGUGAAAGAAGCCGGAAAAGCAGGAAAGAAGUUGCUGGAUAUGGUGUCCGCAGACGGUAAUCUUCAGUACUUCACAGGGGAGUCUAUGAACGCCGAUGGUGCUGUGGGAAUCCUCGACUAUCGCGAGGAUGGAACUACGCCAUUCUUGAUCUUCAUAAAAGGUGGCGUGGAGACAGAGAAAUGUUAA